AUGACUACAGAUCCUUCUGUCAAAUUGAAGUCCGCCAAAGACUCCCUCGUCUCCUCCCUCUUCGAGUUAUCAAAAGCUGCUAAUCAGACAGCCUCCUCUAUUGUUGAUUUCUACAAUGCCAUCGGCGACGAUGAAGAAGAGAAGAUAGAGGCUUUCACCACUUUGACUGAGUCUUUGCAAACAUUGACUUCUGGUGUAAACCACUUGCACGGCAUCAGCUCGGAGCUGGUUAACCCUAUUGAUGAUGAUAAAGAUGCUAUUAUCGCUGCUCCAGUCAAGGCUGUAAGAAGAAAGAUCGAACGUGAUCCAAAUGCUCCAAAGAAGCCACUGACUGUUUUCUUUGCUUACUCUGCGUACGUUCGUCAAGAACUUCGUGAAGACAGACAAAAGGCUGGCUUGCCACCUUUAUCCUCAACUGAGAUUACUCAAGAAAUCUCCAAGAAAUGGAAGGAAUUGAGUGAUAACGAAAAAGAAAAAUGGAAGCAGGCUUACAACGUCGAGUUGGAGAAUUACCAAAGAGAGAAAUCCAAAUACUUAGAAGCAAAGAAAAACGGUACCCUACCACCAGCUUCCUUGGAAAACGGUCCAACUCAUGCGCCGGUUCCAAUUCCUUUCAGUUUACAGCACGCCGCUGAACCUCCUGUGGAAAAGAGACCUCACGAUGAUGAUGGAUCUUCGGAAAAGAAGAAGAAGAAGAAGAAGAAGGAUAAGAAGAAGGACAAAUCCAACUCUUCUAUUUGA